AUGGAACCUAGUUCCGCACGCGACCCUGACGGGCACGCUCAGGUCCUCCCCGUUGUUCGCGAAGCUCUCCGCAUUUCACUCAGCGCCAAGGAAUACAAGAUCCUCCAUGACCAUGCUGUUCGGCGCGCCCCCGUGAAGGUCCAGUCUAAAUUGCCCUCUCCAUCAAGAUAUGAAGCGAUAGUGCGCUCAAAAAACAAAUACAAUGAGGCAGCUCUCCGCACCUCUCUUCGAGUAUUCCUUGUCUCAGGAGCUUUAUUGAAAUUCGUUGAUUGGGCACUUGCAAGAAUCCGAGGUGAUCUGUCCAAGAAGAAAGCACAAACUUCUUUCCUUCGCUCCCCCAACUUCCGCUUGUCGGCAUCCCUUUCGCUCGUUCUUCUCUUCCACAGACUUCUGCAUCGCUUCUUCGCCCGGCUACGCGCGAACCUCCGCACAGAUGAAGCCCAACCCUUUCGGAAUCGGAACCCUCGAGUGUCAAAAGCGUUGACAUCGCGCUAUGCGCCCGCUGUUGGGGCUAGUCUGGCCCUUUUUGGCCUGGGCAUAUGCCCUCAGAGUCAGCUGCGACUGACAGCCGCAAUCUGGAUGGCCACUCGGAGCUUGGAGUUUCUUUUCAACGCCAUCGAUGAGAAAGGAUGGCUUGAGAAUCGGCCUAUGUGGUUUGGAAGCUGGUUGCUGAUGCCCUUGUCCUGCGCGCAGCUAUUCCAUGCGUUCAUCUUCGAUCGGGAGGCUACACCUAAGUGGCUCGGAAACGUCAUCUUCAGGCUCUCUCCAGGUUACAUCCUCGAUCGCCCUGAAAGUUUGCCUACAGAGUUUGCUUGGCCGGGAAAGGAGGACGUGGUUGACUCGCUCGCAACUGUCGCCAAUCUGCGCUGGCCCGCAUUCGUCUCGCCCAUACUGCAUCCCGGAGACCCUAAUACCCUGCCGCCAGCUGUCAAGUCUAUUUCACCAAUUACUGGACCUGCUCAUCCGUCUAUUUCAAGCCUGUCUUGCGCAUUGCUCCAUUCGAGCAGCCCCAGCUGUAGUACGGCAUUUUUGCACAAUAUUCUCCUCUCGGUCCCUCGUCUGGCCCGGUUUGUGACAACCGUUACCUUGGCGCUCUCGGUGCUCAAGUUCAAGAAGCUGAUGGCCAAUCCCAUCACCUCGGUUAAUGAUCUUUCGAAGAAAAUCAUCACCCUGACUGCUGUCCUCUCUGCGUCUGUCGGCUCCGCGUGGGGCAGCAUUUGUCUCUGGAACUCACUUUUCCCGCGCUCUGUCCUGCCUACCAAACGCUUCUUCCUGAGCGGUGCACUCGCGGGUAUGCCAUUUGCGUUCCUUGCGAAUAGCCGGAGCGUUUUUACGUACUUUUUCCGAGCCGCCGUGGAUUCGGCAUGGAAGACGGGCGUCAAGCGGGGGCUCUGGAAAGGAUGGAAGGGCGGGGACCUGUUCAUCCUUGUACUUUCCUGGGCACUGAUCAACUCCAUCUUGGAGAGCAGACCAAACGCGGUCCAAGGCCGAGGGGUGCGGAAGGCGUUAGCAUGGAUGAAAGGUGAAGGUUUUGUGGACCCGGUUGAGGUUGCGGCAAAGAGGAAGCUGAAGAAAGCUAAGAAGGCUGAGACUGAGCACUAA